UAGUGUUCGAGAUUUAUUGGAGUUUGUAUGAGACUACGACGUCGUAUCGUAUUCCCCUGUGGAGCUUGAACGCUUUAUCUUUCUUGUUCUCUCGCGUCCGUGUGUAGAUCUCAAAAAGCUAACAGAACCCUCUCCCUUCCUCUCGUUUUCGAAAUUCCAAUUUCCCGCCUUCUCUUCUCUCAGUCUCACACUCUCGCGCAGAGAGGUAGGAACCUACCAUUCAGUCUUCUUCAUUUUCCCUUAUCAUUUUCCUCGGCUCUUCGUUCUUCAUCAUCGUCAUCCGCCAUAAUUUAUUGCUAUUAGGGUUAGGGCUUUCACUUUUGAGAGGCAAAAGGAUUGCAACCGCCGUUGACCCUUUUGCAAAUUACUAUGGAGGCUCUCUACUCGAAACUCUACGAUACGUACAUGAAACUCAAGUCGAAGAAAUGGUCGGAGUUGGAUAAUGUUAAUAAAGAUCAAGAAGUAAAGUUCAUGGAUUAUAUCUCGGCUGCGGAGCAGGUAAUCCAACAAUUGAAAUCUGAAAAUGAGAGGUUGCUUUCACGAGUUAAAGAUCUGACAAGUGAAGUGGCUUCUAUUAGGUCCGCCAAAGAUGAACAAUGUAUUGAGUACCAGGAGCUUUUAAUGGAAGAGAACAGGAAGAAUGAAGAACUUUCUGAAGAAGUAGCGAGGCUUCGAAAUCUGCAACAGGUGGGAAAUUUUAGCAGACUGAAGGAUAGCAAAACAGACAAUGGAGGAGUGUGUACACCUGCUAGUGGUCAAGUACCAGAAGAAGCAGGCAAUCGGUCACAGAGAAGAAAGACACAUAAACGUAGGAGGCAAUCCUUGUCUGAGACAGAGGAUAUAGUUAUGCCUUCUAGCAGUCUUCAAGAUGAUGAAAUCCUAAGAGAAUCUGAAAAGGACUUGCACAAGGGAGCCGUGCCUAGUGGGUCUCUUAUAAAUGUUCAACAGCCACAAUGCUGUAGAGCUAUUGAAAGACCAGGUGGCGAUGUUAACCCAACUGGCCAAGCUAACUGCCUCUUUCAAGUGCUUGUUGAGUAUCUGGUGGAUUUAAAGUUCUCAACUGUUAGUCAAACUGAAGAAAUAUGCAUUUCAGCUGUGCAUCAAUCAAGUGGUUACUCCUUCAAUCUUACAUGGGUGAAUAGAGCUGGUGUAAAGGAACCAGAACUUCUGUACCGCGUCUUAUCCUUGGGGACAUUUGAAAGGGUUGCACCAGAAUGGAUGAAGGAUGCCAUAAUGUUCAGCACAACCAUGUGCCCUAAAUUCUUUGAUAGGUUAUCCCGAGUUGUCAAGCUGCACGCAUAGCCACCCCCUUUCUGUUCCUCUUUUUCUUAACAGGUUGGUGACUGGAUUUCUGUUUCUGACAGUGAGUGUGAGAUUAUAACUUACUGCUUCUGGGCUAUAUAUACCAGGGAACUGAUUACUUAGUCUCAUGUAGCACUUGUAAAGUGAAAAUCUCCUUGUAAAGGAAUUUGAUGCCAUUAGUUUGCAACCUUUGUUUUGAGGAAAAAUUUAUGUUAAAAUUAUGAUUUUGUCCCAUGAUCCUCUUGAAUAUAUGAAUAAUUCUGCAGCAAGGUUUGAGUAAAA